AUGCCUCCCAAGGCUUCGCUCCCUCCGAAGAAACAAGCGCUCACCUUAGCGCAGAUCUCGGCAUACGAUGACAUUCUAACAGAUGCGCUGGUUGACCACGUGUACUACUGGACGACGAUUCCCAAGAAUCGUCCUUCUUACCACCCGUCCCGAGGCAUUCGAGAGGAGGAUGUGGCCAAGAUUAUUCAGGAGGAGAUUGUACUCAACAAGGAUGUAGACAAGGCGGAGGAGCGACUACUCAAGACUGAUGGACUGCGAAAGUUUUUAAUUUCGCUGAAGACCGACAAGGAGAGGGAUGACUUUCGCAAACAUCUCCGUCGCUAUUUGAGUAUCUACCUUCCCGACUGCCCUUUCGAAGUCAGCUCGACCAAUCGCUAUACGAUCGUUACCCAUGAAGCAAGCAUUAAUGCCCGACGUCCGAUACGAAAGAACGAGACGAUCAAGUACUUGACGGGUAUUCAGGUCAUCAUCACCCCGAAGGAAGAAGCCGAGAUCUCAUUCAGGAAGAAGGAUUUCAGCAUUGUUGUGAGCUCCCGGAACAAGUGUACAAGCCUAUUUAUGGGCCCAGCCCGCUUUGCGAAUCACGAUUGCAAUGCCAAUGCGAAGUUGAAGACUGCGGGCCAGGCUGGUAUGGAAGUUGUGGCUACGAGGGACAUUGACGUCGGCGAGGAAAUCACUGUGACCUACGGCGACAACUACUUUGGUGAGGGCAAUUGCGAGUGUUUGUGCAAGACGUGUGAAGAUGCUCGUAUCAACGGCUGGGCUUCUGGGGAAGGGGAAGUUCCACUAGCGCAGAGCAUCGAACGGGAUCCACCACAAGGCUAUUCCUUGCGUCGGCGCAGACGGGAUGACAGCACCUGCUCGAGAUCACGAACUCCGUCACUCACGCCAGAUGUACGACCACGAAUCUCCAAGACACGCCCCCGAGGUUCGCGGAAGAAUGCCUCGGUUGAUUCGCCUUCUGACGAGCUAGCCGUAGCUGGGACAAAGCGCCCUUUCGACCCACUGGCCACGCCACCAUUUACGCCAGCCAAACGACUAAGGGUGGAGGACGGAUCUGCGUUACAUCCGGUUCCACUGAUCUUGUAUGGCCCGAUCAUGCCAAGCCCUGAUGAGUUCACGGACAACUCAGCCCGAAGCAGUCCCGCCCCGAGCACGUCUACCGAAUCAACACCACCAACAGACAUUUCAUCACCUCCCAAAUGCAGCCCUUCGGCAGCCCCUGGAGCGGAUUCCGUGGGGAAGGCCAUGGAUGAUUGGGGGACGCGGACGAAGAACGAGGAUGCUGAUGAAGUGCAACGGCAAUUACUAGACGAGGCGGCGCCAUGUACACCACGGAAUGAGAAGAAUCACCCGCCGGCUGCGUUGGCGAACGGUGGCCUCACUGGCCUUCGAACGCCAUCUAGCGUACCCAGCCGCCCGGCACCCGUCGUAUUUGCAGACCGGGAAGAACCGACUCCAAGUGCGACUCGCGGAGAAGUUAACCCUCCCAGUACAGAAUCCCCGUCGCCGUCGCCCAACGAGGUUCUAGACCAACAACCAGGAAAGAGGCGCAAGAAUCGGCGAGGAGAGUUCCAAAAGGAACCGACCCCUCCCCCACGCAAGCGAAUCCCUGGCGAUUACACACUCACACCUCUUCUGCUCUCGGAGCCCGAGACCGCCUGGAUCCACUGCAUGAUUUGCAGCAUCGCGUUCGUACAACACAACGCUUAUUACACGAAAAGUUCGUGUCCACGUUGCGAGCGGCAUUCGAAGCUGUACGGCUACAUCUGGCCUAAAACAGACAAGGUUAAUAGCCGGGACAAGGAAGAGCGCAUUCUCGACCACCGAGUGGUUCAUCGAUUCUUGGAUCCUGAGUCGGAGGCUAGGGUGCGGGGGAGGAAGACGCUCGCUUCAGAGAGCCGGUCGGCAAUGGGCACACCCGAUGCGGAGAGCAGGCUAGAGUCGAUGGACGGUGGUCGACCGAGACGUAGUGGUCGCGUUCGCAGGACGGGCUACGUCUGA